CAGCUGCAGCCUCCCAAGUGCAAUGACAGCUCAACUGGUACUGAUUUGGGAUUCUUCCUCCCACUAGAUUCUCCGCUUAUAAGGAAUACUCGCCAAACCUUCUAUCCCCGAGGUGCAUACUGGGUUUUGUAGUUCGAACCCCGCAGUUCUUUUGGUACCCCGUAUCCAUUUCAACUACAACUCCCUAAGCGCCUUGCGGCUUCAGCUUCUCUCCGCGUUCGGUAGAUUGGAAAUCUUUGGGAACAUCGAGCUUUCAUGUGCAUGACGGGUCGGGGCACUGAGAGGGACUAUAUUCGGCCUAUAACGCUGACGGUUUAUACGCGGAACUAAAGUUCCCUAACGUCAUCCAUUCAUUCCUAGAGACUAUAGAGAACAACGUGGCAUCUCUAUACGGUAGAAAAGAGACUUUGUGAUUGUGGGAGGAAGAAGACCCGGCAUUGGGGAUGGCGGGCGUGAGUGUGAUCCAGAUGUUCGGCAGGCGGGUGUCAUGGCGAGGGGGGUGUGAGUGGCACAGACAUUCUCGUAAUGGGCAGCGGAGGAUGGCAGUCUCGGGGCAGUCCCCGUAUUGCAGCGCGGUGGAGUCUCCUGCAGUUCAACAUGCCGGGAGGAGCCGCCGGAAGAUUCUCACUUUGCAGUCCAUGAACCCUCAAGUUCGGGCGGUAGAGUACGCGGUCCGCGGUCCCAUUGUACUGAAAGCCGGAGAGAUAGAGAAAGAGCUACAAAAUGGAGUCAAAAAACCAUUUGAUGAGGUGAUCAAGGCUAACAUCGGCGAUGCUCAUGCAAUGGGACAGCAACCAAUUACAUUUCUAAGACAGGUGGUAGCUCUGUGCACUUAUCCAGAUCUCUUGGAUAAUCCAAGUCUCCCCAAUGAUGCAAAGAGAAGAGCAAGACGUAUCUUGGAAUCCUGUGGUGGACAGAGUUUGGGUUCCUACAGUGCAAGCCAGGGAGUGAACUGUAUUCGAGAAGAUGUCGCCAAGUUCAUUGAGAAACGUGAUGGAGGUGUUCCUGCACACCCAGAUAAUAUUUAUCUAACCACUGGAGCAAGUGAUGGAAUAUCUAGCAUCCUGAAGAUCCUUGUGUCGGGUGAGGGGCAGUCAAGAACUGGAGUUAUGAUUCCAAUCCCACAAUACCCCCUGUACUCUGCUGCUCUCUCUGAACUGGAUGCCAUCCAGGUGAAUUACUAUCUUGAUGAAGAAAAUUGUUGGGCACUGGAUGUUCGUGAGCUACAAAGAGCUUACUACAGCGCCAGGGAAUACUGCAAUCCUAAAGUGCUUUGUAUCAUUAAUCCUGGAAACCCAACAGGUCAAGUGCAGAGUAAACAUUGUAUUGAAGAGGUGAUCCAUUUUGCCUUGGAGGAAGGGCUGUUUCUUCUUGCAGAUGAGGUCUAUCAGGAUAAUAUAUACUCCAAAAGUUGCCAGUUUCACUCUUUCAAGAAAGUUCUAUAUGAGAUGGGACCAGAAUAUUUCAACAAUGUGGAACUUGCCUCUUUCCACUCAACCUCAAAGGGAUAUAUGGGAGAGUGUGGCUACAGAGGAGGCUAUAUGGAGGUAGUGAACCUGCACCCAGAUAUUACAGCGCAGCUGGUGAAAUUGCUUUCUGUUCGCCUGUGUCCUCCUGUGUCAGGCCAGGCAGCUAUGGAUGUUGUAGUGAACCCACCACAUCCUGGAGAAGAAUCAUAUGAACAGUUCAUAAAAGAAAAAGAAGCUAUUUUGAGUAAUCUUGCAGAGAAGGCUAAACUGACUGAAGAAUUGUUUAACCAAGUGCCAGGCAUUAAGUGCAAUCCACUGCAGGGAGCCAUGUAUGCCUUUCCAAGAAUCUUCAUUCCAGAUAAAGCAAUUGAAAAGUCUAAGGAACACCAAAUGGCUCCUGACAUGUAUUACUGCAUGCGCCUAUUGGAAGAAACUGGCAUUUGUGUUGUCCCAGGCAGUGGAUUUGGCCAGAAAGAAGGAACACAUCAUUUUAGAAUGACCAUACUUCCUCCUGUAGAAAAACUGAAGAUUCUGUUGCAAAAGGUCAAAGACUUCCAUAUGCGCUUCCUUGAAGACUAUGCAUGAGGUGCUGCAGUGGAAUUGAUCUAACAAAUGUGAAUUAGACUGAAUACGUUGACAAUCUCUAAGCGUGGUGUGGCAACAAAACACAGGAAAGCAGGUUGUAGGCUUAAUAUUAGUACUGUACCAGCUGGUUAGUAAUAUCGGGAAUAUAAAAUGGUUCUGGUACAAACAAUUUGACAGAAUAAGAAAUAAACUUGGAAUUCUUGUACUAUAAACCAAAAACGCACUCUUUCAAUAGUGCUAAAACCGUUAAGGCCCAUAUUCGGUCUCAUUGAAGAGUAAUGUUGGUAAAAGCAUUCUUAAUUUUAGUAUUCCCGAAAUGCAACAUUUUUGUAUUCUUUAAAUGGAAAUGCUGAGCCAUUUCCAAGAGAAUGGGUUCAACUUUCACAUAAUUGUCACUCAUCAUUAGUGCUAACCUCAAGGGAUACUAGAAAAGUAUUCUGCAAAGUGGAAUCCAAUCUGAAAACCGAAUAGCUGGCUUUUUGUUAAUGAAGAAGAAGAUUUCAGUUCUUUGCCCUGCCAAUUUUCCGAGUGUAUUUUUUUUUUCUAUAUAACCUCUAAAUCGUCUCUGCAAUAGAAUCCUGCACCAUUUUGGUUAUUGGAUUUAUAUUCCAGAUGAUUUUAGAUCCAUUCUUGUUAGUUUUGUAGUUCAUUUUACUUCAUCAGCUGGGUAAUGAUAUUUUAGAGGAUUAUUUUAUAUGCAACCCUUUUAAUAACAUCACUUAACACCCCUUAAAUAAAAUUUGUCCUCCCACAAAACAGUACCUCUCUAUUUUAGUGCAAAAUGUCUUGUAAAGUAGGUUUGUAUUCUGUGCAGUUGGUGCCUUUAGCAAACUAGUGACCUUUGUUUUGCCAUCAAACUAGAAAAUGGUAAAACUAAAUGGCAUGGAAUCUUCCAAUAGCUAUACUGCAAGUUGGAGGAUUCAGUGGUGUAACUAUGGAGGGUGUACCCGGGUCUGUCCCCCGUUGUGCAAGCCAGAACAGGGGGGCACAAGUCACCCUGGGUUAAGGGCAGCGGGCACAAGUCUGGAGGUGGGGUUAAGGGGCUCACAGGGGAGCCUGGGUGCACAUCCUGCACCCGGGCUCUGCCACAUCUAAGUAGACCGCUGGGAGGAUUUGUAUUGGCUGUAAAUUAGGUGUUCUUUUAUGCUUAAUGCAUUGAGCUUAAAUGUUAGAUUUACUAACUUCCUAUGCCUUACAUAUUUAUAUUACUAACAAUUGUAGUUAUCCUUACUUGUCUUGCUUUGACUUUUUCUCCAUCAACAUUAAGGUGCACAUCUAUCAAGGGUCGAAUUACGAAUUCAUGCGAGUUUUUAAAACUCCCAUAAGCUCCCGUGAACUCAAAAUUAGAAAUUUAUUUAAAAAAUCUAAUUUUCGAAACUCUGGAGAAUAGGAUCAACCCGAAAACUAAACAAAUUUGAUUAGAGUUCUAAAAACUUGAUUGGAGUCUUUGACUAAAACAGCAUCGAAUUCGAUUUUUUUUUUUAAAAAAAAACUUGAAUCCAAUUUUAACAAUUCCCUAGUCGAAUUUGACAGUUUUGGUCAUAAAAAAAACUCGAAAAUUCGAAUACUAUCCUGUAUAUAAAAUCACACUUAAAGCUCUGUUCCCUGUUAUUACAUGGAUUUAGUGCUACAUUUUUAUCAUUGUGGAAUUAUUUGGACACCUAAGUGCAUUUAUAAUGUCUAUGGACCAUGGCUGGCCUAAUUGUGCCACUGCAGUGUGUGAUGUUGCAUCCUGCAAAGUGUUGUUGUCUCCAUGAAACUACUAUUCUGGUAAUGUUAGUAUAGUAAAUCUUUGUGAUUAAGCAUCAGGCAACUGGCAUGUUGUAGUGCUGCUCAACUGUGUGCCACAACCGAUCUUCAAAUAUGUAUUCUAGAAGUUAAAAUGGUAAACACUUUAUUUUUAUUAUUUGUUUUAAUGUUACAAUUCAUAACGAUAACUAAGGGGCAUAUUUACUAAAAUUCCAACUGUGGCAUCCUAAAGUAUUUUGAGAAGUCACAGUUUUAGCACAUAUACAAAACACACUGUCCCUGCCUGGGUAUUAUAUUAGUGAGUACCUUGUUCAUUCACCCAGGGAUCCCUUGUGGCUCAGUUGUGCACAUGUGCAGUAGAGUAAAAGUGGAACUUGGAUACCCACAAGGUUCAUACCCACUACCCAGGGCAACAACAUCUCCGGAAGAUGAAACACAAUGGAAUUGUUACACUUAUUAUGAACCCCAGGCCAGCACACCAGCCUGUGGUUUGAGGUUAGCAAUAUAAUCACUUGGGAAUGUCUAACAGAUCAGCAUCCCCUGCAGCCUUUUCCUUGUCCUUUAAAUGAGCAGUGCUAAAAUGUUAUGUACACACUAGUGAUUAUAUUUACUUACCUGACACCCCACGCCUGUGCUCCUUUUAUUUUUAUAUAUUAAUAAAAAAUAGUAUAUUAAUACCUCCUCAUUUGAACAAAUUAUAUGUUUACAAAGUAAGAAUACUUUUUUUUUUUUU